AUGUCCUCCGGUAGAACAUCAGAACACCCCGGGCUACGGUUUGGCGUAGAGAUUGAGUUAGUGCUAAGAAGCAGACACCAAAAACAUACAACGUUCAUCAGUUUGGCUGCCGAGAUCUGCCAGCGUCUCAAGGAGAUCCAGGUUCCAAGUCACAUCGGCAACCUUCUUCAGAAGACGGGCGCCGCUGAAACCUACCAAGAAUGGACCAUCAUUCAGGACUCCACCCUGCCGUCAAACGAGGCAGAAAACAAGUUUGGUGUUGAACUGGUGUCCCCGAUUUUCCACAUCCAGCAAAAGCACAUAUGGAUCAGCCAAGUGCAGCAGACAUGGAGGGUACUUGAACGCGACUUCGAGGUGCACUCCACCAAUGAGUGCAGUACGCAUGUUCAUUUAUCCCCAUCAAACGGACCCUGGAGCUUGAACGAAGCUAAAGGGGUGGCAAGGGCCGCCAUUUUCUUCGAAAGAUGUAUCGAUGCGCUGAUGCCGGGCCACCGGCGUAUCAACCCUUACUGCAUGAGUAACCGCUGGAACCCAGAGUACAAGGAGCUUUCCAUAGCGCUGGUAUUUGACGACAUAUCUCAAGCGGGCGACGAGCUCCAUUUAGGAGACCGCAUGUGCACCUGUUCCAAGGACUCAAUACACGCCCAAAACACGAUGCACGAGGAGGACUUUGUGCACCCGCAUUUCCGGUGGAACUUUACCACCCUUACUGAGAGAACAAGAACCAUCGAGUUCCGGCAACCUCCAGCAUCCAAGAACUCCCGCGAAACCAUGACGUGGAUUAUCUUGGCUGCGUCUUUUGCCCAGUGGGCCUCCGAGCGCGCAAACGCGGCUUUAGAUCCCACCACUACGGCCGAAAUUGGGGAUCUACACAAAUACGUGAUGGCAGGCGCGCAUAUCAGUGGUGUGGUGGAUGAUAUGCUCUUAGGUCUGUUGGAAGAGCUCUUCCGUGGUAAGAACCGGCUACCGGCGCCUCACCAUGACUUGAAAUCAACUACCGAGCAGGAACUCGAGUUAAAGGCGCAAACAAAAAGGAUGCCGCUGCAGAGAUAUAAGGAAACGUUUGCACAGCUAUAA